CGAGCGAGAGGCAGUGUCCCCGGCAGGUGGCACAAAGGACCGUUCGUCUAAGUAGUACUGUAGUCAUGACCCAUAAUUCUUUUGCACCGCAUUUGAUUGCAGCUAAAUCCAGUCCAGUCCAAAUCCCCAGUCCCGGUCCAUAAGCGAAUGAGCCCUUUAUAAGUGUCCGGCAGCCGCCUACUUACGAGAGAGAGUCCAUAUCGUAAUCUCUUUACCACCUCAUCAUACAGCCCACGCCACUUCACUCAUAAAGUCAAACCCCGUGUCGAUUCACAAACUUCUUCAAGACUUCUUCUACAUCACAACAGAAAUCAUCUUCCUUCGCAAUUGCUACACAUCUUCCCGACUUCCACCGCAACCGCCUUAUCAGUCCUCCAACAACGCCUCCAACCUCCACUCUUCACUCUCUCAACUUUCCAAACCACCAAUAUGCCUUCUUCUGUUGCCUCCUCUCGAUCCAGCUCCGUGGAGCCUUCAGAAACCAUGCAAAUCUUCGUCAAGAACGUCUCCGGCGACACAUUCCCCAUGACCGUCCCUCAAGACCUCUCAAUACAAAACCUCACCACCCUCCUCUCAAUCCGAACCUCACUCCCCGAGUCCGACCUCCGCCUCGUCUACGCAGGCAAGCACCUCUCGUCCUCGAGUACGCUUGCAGAAUACAACAUCAACAAAGAGGCAACCCUCCACCUAGCCGUCCCGCUUCGAGGCGGCAUGCCCCCAAAGAAGAUCCGCUGCACGUACAAAGACUGCCGGGAAGGAGCACAGAGAAUCAUCGGCGACUGUGGGUUCUGCCAAGGGCACUUCUGUGGCAAGCAUCGCCUGCUGGAGGACCACAAGUGCGAUGGCUUAGAAGACUGCAAGAAGGAGUCACACGACCGAAACGCGGCACAGCUCAACGCGGAGCGAACUCAGGUUAUAAAGGGCAUUUAGAUGUUUAGGCGCCAAGUCUUUGGCAACUUUGUAUAUGGGAUAACGGA